AUGGGCAGCUCAGCCUCUUCUCUGGCCGCCGAGACGGAGUCGGAUCACGGCUUUGCUGGCCAAACUUAUCCUGGGCACCUGGCAGCAAGCUGGUAUAGGAGUAACCAUGCUGGGCCCGUUUGGGACAGUGCCCUUAUAACACGGCAACAUCCGCACGUAAACCACCGGGCACGAAGCCACACCCACUCUUCUGGUUCUAUGGCCACUGUGCGGGAAUGGUCCUGCACCCGUUGUACUUUCCUGAACCCCGUGGGACAGCGCCAAUGCUCCAUCUGCGAGGCCCCCCGCCAGAAGCCCGACCUCAAUCACAUCUUGCGCCUGAGUGUGGAGGAGCAGAAGUGGGCCUGCGCCCGAUGCACCUUCCGGAACUUUGUGGGCAAAGAGGCCUGCGAGGUGUGUGGCUUCACCCCCGAACCUGGGCCAGGAGGCUCCCCUCUGCCGAUCCUCAAUGGGGUCCUGCCGAAGCCCACCAUCCUCGUAGAACCCAAAGCCAGUUGCAAGGAGGACAUGCCACAGAUGGAGAGCCCCGGGGAGGAUUCGGGGGGGAAGAGCCCCGAAGAGGCACUGCUGGAGGAGGGCUGGGCCUGCCAACGCUGCACCCUCCAUAACACACCCGUUGCCAAUUCCUGCUCAGCCUGCGGGGGCCCUCGCAAGCUCUCCCUGCCCAAGAUCCCUCCAGAGGCACUGGUGGUCCCCGAAAUCAUCACACCUGCCGGCUUCCAGAUAGCUCCUGCCACUGACACCCCAGAGGGCCACCCAGCUGCCAAUCAGGGCACUGCCCUUGCGGAGGAAGAGAGCCAAAAGAUGCCAGCCUUCAGCCUUUUCUCCCCCGGCCUCCAGAACAACCCCGUUCCCCGUAGCCGCCGAGAGGUGCCACCCCAGCUCCAGCCCCCGGCCCCUGAAGCUUCCCAACCGGCCUCUCCGCCAACCCCCGUGCAGAAGGCCGUUCGCUUCCAGGAGAUGAUGGCGACCAAGCGGCUGAGCGUGCUGGAGGAAGAGAUGGACGUGAGCUUGCCACCCUGGCAGUGCAGCGCCUGUUCCCUGCUCAACACCUCGGGGAGUGAGGCCUGCGAGGCUUGCAGCAGCCAGAAAGGCAGUGACACUAUUGAUCUGACGGGGGACUCCGUUCGUUUUACACCCUGUGGGCCCUCCAGCCCCGACUUCACUACCUGGUCCUGUUCCAAGUGCACCUUGAAGAACCCUACCGCGUCCCAGAAGUGCAAAGCCUGUGGCUCCUCCAAAGUGCAUGGCUUCCAGGAGCAUAACUGGCAGAUGGAGCCGGCUGCCAAAUGCCCCGAGUGUGCUUCGGAGAAAGGCACUUGUGUGGCUUGUGGCACCAGAGCUCCUUCUGCCCGCAAAGUAGCCCGUCUCUUCCCGUUGCAGCCCCCGGUCACCCCUGAGCAAGCCAGCCAGUGGGUGUGCCCUGCUUGCACACUCCUCAAUGAGCUCAAGGUCAAACACUGCCUCGCCUGCCACACGCCUCAAGUCUACAUGGCGCAGCGCAAGGGCAUCAAGCCGCUUCGGCGGCGCGAGAGCAUGCACGUGGAGAAGCGACGGCAGACGGACGAGGGGGAGGCCAAAGCCCUCUGGGAGAACAUUGUCUCUUUCUGUCAAGAGAACAAGGUGAACUUUGUAGAUGACAGCUUUCCUCCUGGUCCUAAGUCGGUUGGCUUUCCUGAAGGAGACAGCGUCCAGCAGCGAGUAAAGCAGUGGCUGAGGCCUCAUGAGAUCAACUGCAGCAUCUUCAAAGACCGCUCGGUCAAGUGGUCAGUUUUCCGGACACCCCGACCCUCGGAUAUCCUGCAGGGACUCCUGGGAAACUGCUGGUUCCUGAGUGCCCUGGCCGUGCUGGCAGAACGGCCCGAGUUGGUGGAAAGGGUAAUGAUCACACGGACCAUGUGCCUGGAGGGGGCCUACCAAGUCCGUCUAUGCAAAGAUGGCACCUGGACCACCGUGCUGGUGGAUGACAUGCUGCCAUGUGAUGAGUGUGGCUAUCUCCUCUUCUCCCAGGCCCAGAGAAAACAGCUGUGGGUGGCUCUGAUUGAGAAGGCCUUGGCCAAACUCCACGGUUCAUACUUUGCCCUCCAAGCAGGGCGCGCUAUUGAAGGCCUGGCUACGCUCACCGGCGCUCCCUGCGAGAGCUUAAUGCUGCAGGUCAGCUCCACUAACCCUCGUGAGGAGGCCAUUGACACUGACCUCAUCUGGGCCAAAAUGCUGAGUUCUAAGGAGGCUGGCUUCCUCAUGGGAGCAUCGUGUGGAGGAGGCAACAUGAAGGUGGAUGAUGCGGCCUAUGAAAGCAUGGGUCUUCGCCCGCGGCAUGCCUACUCCAUAUUGGACGUACGAGAUGUGCAGGGAUGCAGACUGCUGCGACUUCGUAAUCCCUGGGGCCGCUUCUCUUGGAAUGGCAGCUGGUCCGAUGAGUGGUCCCACUGGCCCUCCCAUUUGCGUCACGAGCUGAUGCCCCACGGGAGCAGCGAGGGCGUCUUCUGGAUGGAGUACAGCGACUUCAUCAGGUAUUUUGACUCCGUGGACAUCUGCAAGCUUCAUUCGGACUGGCACGAAGUGCGUGUGCAGGCGGCUUUCCCCAACAAGGCCAGCGGGCCCAUAACGGUCACCUCACUGACGGUGCUGGAGCGAGCAACUCUGGAGUUUGCUCUGUUCCAGGAAGGCAGCAGACGCUCGGACAUGGUGGACAGCCACCUCCUCGACCUUUGCAUCAUGGUGUUCCGGGCCACCUUCAUCAACGGGAGCAAGCUGAGCCUGGGACGCCUGAUGGCCCACAGCAAGCGAGCGGUCAAGAAGUUUGUCAACUGUGACAUCAUGCUGGAGCCGGGGGAGUAUGCCGUGGUGUGCUGUGCCUUCAACCACUGGACAGCCUCAGGGCCAGGGACCUCAGGCCCAGGCUCCAGCCCUACAUCUACCAGUGAGUGCCCUGCCACUGAAGUCUCCAACUACAUCCUGGCCAUCUACGGUUCCCGCCUUGUGAUGGUAGAACAGAUUGAGGCCCAAUCGACCACGUUGGCCGACGCCAUCAUUCUCCUCACGGAGAACAAGGGCGAGCGGCAUGAGGGACGCGAAGGGAUGACCUGUUACUACCUGACGCACGGCUGGGCCGGUCUCAUUGUCGUGGUGGAGAACCGGCACCCCAAGUCCUAUCUCCACGUCCAGUGUGACUGCACGGAUAGCUUCAAUGUUGUGUCCACUCGGGGCAGCUUGAAAACGCAGGACAGCGUGCCACCCUUGCACAGGCAGGUCCUGGUGAUUUUAUCCCAACUGGAAGGAAAUGCCGGCUUCUCCAUCACGCACCGCUUGGCCCACCGCAAGGCUACCCAGGCAUUCCUGAACGACUGGAUGUCAACCAAGGGGACGCACAACCCCCUGCUCACCCCCGAGGUGGCGGGACUGCACGGGCCCCGGCCACUAUGACAAAGGCCCCCCCCCCCAACCCCUUCUCUUCUUCUGCUUCUGCCUUUUACUAGCCCCGCCUGUCUCGCGCAUUGCCCCAGCCGUCCGUGCAGAGCCCGUCAGGAUGAAGGAGGACUGACGAUUUCGCGGGUUUCAAACUAAGCGACUCUUCUCCCGUUCUCUGGGGUUAAGCCGGGAGCUGCUCAGGUUCCCCCCCCCUCCUUCCCUCUCCCUCUCUUGAAAAAUCCAUCUCCCCUUUUUUCCCCCUUUCCCACAGAAGAUGCACUUUAUCCAAAGCUGCGGUCAGGAUAGGAGAGCAAGGAAAAAAAAAAAUUUUUUUUUAGAGCUGGGAGAAGGAUGCAGGUUCCAGCAUACCGAACAGCCUGAGCGCUGGCCAGCUGCUUGGCCCCCGGGGACCGUGGUCCUUCCUUCCCUCAGCUGCCAAGAUAUCCUACGGCUGCAACAAUAUACCUCUGGCGAAUGUGUCUGUCUGUCUGUCUGCCUUCCCUCGCGGGUUCAGGGCGUCAGCCGCUGCUGGGAUGGGUUGAGGAGCGGAGUUGGGGUGCCCUGCUCCGCUGACGGGGACGGGCUGAGUUGCAAGGUGGGCUUCUUCUCCCUUCUAGCAACGAUUGUCCAGUCGCAGGAGAUUUAUAGCAGAGGUGUCCAACUUGGGCAACUUUAAGACCUGUGGAAUUCAACUCCCAGAAUUCCCCAGCCAGCUGUGCUGGCUGUGGAAUUCUGGGAGUUGAAGUCCACAAGUUUUAAAGUUGUUCAGGUUGGACGCCCCUGAUUUACAGAGAGAUGGAGUCUGCACAUCCCCCUGGGGAGACCUGCCUGCAGUCCAUUGCUCACCUAGGCUGAGUGGCAUUUCACACUAGCCCUAAAAGCAGGCUGCGCAUAAUGUACCGGCUGCCUCCCAAUUGAGCAGGUGCUCUCAGCAUCUGUGGGAUAGGGAGGCUGUGGUGGGCCAGGGGUGUGCUAUUUCUUCAGCCUUUUCCUGGAGGGACUUGCUGCUGCAACACAAUGGAACCAUAGUGAAGACACUGAGCUGGGAGCAGGGAGGUGUCUUUGCUUUGGUAUCUGCCCCUUGUUCCCUCCUUGUGGCCCUCAUUCCCACCCGGGCGGGCUGGGCGAGGAAUGGAGGCCCACACCUCCAUUUUGGUGGCCGGCCAGCUAAUGCUUUAUCCGCUUGGGAAGAGCAGAAGGUCUUUCAUUUGUCUUUGUGUUGUGGUGUCCUUGUCGGUGUCCUUUCGGGAGGUGAAGCCGGUGUGCGUUUGUUGGGUUGCAAUGUCCUUUUGUUGCAGCUAGGGGGUGUCACAAAGGAAGUGAGCACGCGGGAAGAGCGGGGCGUCCAUUUCCUUGUGCAAGCUCCCUAGCUGUUAAAAGAGAGAAGGGAGCACCCCCCAAUGUCUGUGGUUGGCCCCUUCCCCAUCACCCCAAGAAAGAUAAGCCAGAAAUCAGCCAUGGGAGGAGAGGAAAACAGAUUAGGGACUGUUUAUCCCUCGGCCUUCCAUGCUCCAGGUUUAGCUCUACCUGGAAGGUGACAGGUGGACACACCUGAAGACCUUAAGUAAGUUUAGCACUUUUAUCUUCUGCAGUUGGACACUCAGCCUCCCAUAAAGGCCUUGAGAAGCCACCGCUAGAGGUUCUUCCGUCUUCCCGUGAAGGUCAGCUGCUGGGCUUCAAAGGGAUCAGCCAGACUGUUGGAAAAUGUCCAGAAGGAGGUUGAAGGGGAGUAGCUGAGCAUCUGUGGAGUUCAGAGUCGGGAACAGGGUAUCUAGUGAAACAGGAUGGGUUCAAACCCAAGGAAGCAGGGAUAGUGUUCUUCUUGCCAACCCUCUUGAUCUUGAGAGAGGAUUGGAGGAAGCGAGGACUCAAGAACGUUGGGGCGUCAUCAGUAGCAGAUGUUCCCCUUUUGGUUCUGUAAAGGUUUAGGGAACCUGGAGUUUGUGGUCCCCUGUCUUAAUUCACGGAUUCCUGCCCCUGUCCUGAUGAAGGCAUCUAGAGAAGGUUUAUCUCCUACUGCAGAUAGGAGAUAAGCUCCUUUCCUCUCUGUCUAGGCAGAAGAUGCUGGAGGAUAGCAAGGGUGGGGCCGGGAGAAGGGGUGGACUGGUGCCCUUUGCUUGAAAUUUGAAAGUGGGGCUUCACAGUGGGCCUGGGAGUAAGGGAGGAUUUAGCCAGUUUGCUUGAGGUCUUUCUCCAGAGAUUAAUUGACAUUUAGCAAAGCCAAAAGGAAGUGAAAUGGUCAACGUUUGGCCCUAGUUGGUUUAACAAGUCAACUGGAGACACAGGCGGUGGCUGAAUCUUCUCCAGAGUCUUUUUCUCUACCACAUGGUGGAACGACAACAAUCAGGGUCAUCCUGGACUGUUGGAAUCUGCAGAGGAUGCUCCAGACCAUGCAAGCUUUAGCUCUGCGGGCUGAUCACAAAUGGGACAGAGCCAUAGGAGAGAGCGUUAAUUCGGGCCACAGGGAAAAGGCGAAAGGAUCUAGCUAUCCCUAAAGAAAGUUGUGUAAAGGCAGCAGCUGGAAAUUGGGGGUUGCAGAUGGUUCUCCUGCACCAUUAAAUUCCAUUCUUCGGUGUCCGAGUGGAUAGAUCCCAGUUGAUCGGAGAAUCCUGCAUCCUGUAGAAUUAUUCUCUGUUCCUCCCCCAAAGCAAACUGAUGAAGAGAGCAAAUUGACAAAGAUCUGGAUGUUCUGUCGGAGCAAAGUGGCUGCAGAAAGCUCAGCAUUUUAGUGUUCUUGCACUGGCUUUGGAGAAAUGCAAUUUAACGGCCUUUAAUGGGAGGUGACCGCUAGAACACCUUUCUAGGAAAUCUGACCAACUGGUUUCGCUCACCUGUCCAUCCAAAGGUCACUGCCAGCAACCCGACCCUUCCAGUGUCGAUAACGCCUUCGGACGUCAAGAGUUGGUGGAAGUGAAAUUUCCUGGCUGCACGAAGGACUUGACCUGGAACUAAUAACUCUUCUCUCCCCGUGGAGAGCUCAAGGCAGCCUCCACCUAUUUUAAUAGCCAUGCUUCUUCCCGGAGAACCUUGUUCAGGGUGGGGUGGGUAGGGAUGUUUAGCAAUUAACACUGAUGUCAAAGCUGAUUUCUUUGCAAAUACGCCAUAACUCUCAGGAGGACGGAGGGAGGGAGGGAGGAAGAAGGGCUUUGAAGAGUAGGACAUAGCAUGGAAACCUCCAAAAGGACAGGGUAUGGCUGAACCGAGGGCUAAUAUGGCAUUGCCAGGACUUGGGGAAUGAAGCAGCAAUGCCAAGCUUUUAUCAUACUUCCUACCUAUAACAUUUAUUCCUCACCCAUAUUCAGGGAGCGGUGGAAAGGAAGGUUAACUUCCUCUCUCUGUUGGUUUCUUCCACUCUUUCGCCCUCUUCGCGUUGACUCCCAAGUCGACUUCCAUCCUGCCUGCUUUUCAUUGUCACAGGUCAAUGAAAUGGGCCCGGCUCGCCCUCCUUAUUUGUUUUCGAUUCCGUCCAAAAAUUACGUCAGCCAUUUCUGCUUUCUAAAUCUUUCUUUUGUGUGUCUGUACGUGUGCGUCUUUUUGGUUCACUCUCGCUGAGCUGUGAAUAAUUUUUAAUCAUGUAAAUAUUGUCCACCUCUUAAGGAAAACAUAGGAUAUUUUAUCAAAUUGUAAAUCGAAUCUGUAAUCAGUCCCUGUAUAAUAUGAAUUAUCCCAUGAGUGGUUUUCAAGCUCAGGUUCCAAAGGACCAAAUAAUAAUUAAAAAGUUGGGUUUUUUUUAA